CAAGGAAUUAAUUUCUUAUUCUCAAAGCUCAACCACUAUCCGAGAAUACCCGCGAACCAAACGCCUACUAAGCUGCAGCCUGCGCACGUGUAAGUAGUUCGAGAGAGCUCGAGCACAGCCUACACUGGCAGCGGUGAACCCAGUGAAGCAAAGUAACGCCACCAGUUGUCCUUGAUUCUGUGCGUAAGCGAGAAAUGGCGGAUCGAUUUUUCCCGAACGAAAUGCUAGACUUUGUGGCAGAGGCAGCAGCAGACGAGGCAGCCUCUGUAAGGCCCAAAGACUCACUCACAAAACUCCUCUCCCUUCCUUACAAAACACUCUCAGACAUGCUCAAGAGCUCGGCUUUGGACCUCAAAGAAACGGUGGUGAGGCAGACAUGGGGAUUAAGUGGAAAGCGUGUGGAAGAUUAUACUUUGUACACAGGGGUUCUUGGGACUGCCUUCUUGGCCUUUAAAGCCUACCAAGUCACCAAGAAUGAAAAUUAUCUUAAAUUGUGCUCUGAGAUAGUUAAAGCCUGUGAUUCUGCUUCCAGAGGAUCUGAGCGGGUGUCAUUCACAUGUGGCCGGGCUGGCGUUUGUGCCCUUGGUGCUGUCGUGGCAAAGCAUGCUGGUGAUCAAAUGUUACUUGACCGCUACUUAUCACAAUUUAAAGAGAUCAAGCUGCCUAGUGAUCUUCCAAAUGAGUUAUUAUAUGGUAGAGCUGGGUUCUUAUGGGCCUGUUCAUUCUUAAACAAGCAUAUAGGAAACGGGACAAUUUCUACUACUCGCAUGAGAUCAGUUGUGGAUGAAAUUAUAAAGGCUGGUAGACAAUUGGCUAAGAAGGGACGAAGCUCAUUGAUGUACGAAUGGCACGGGAAGAAAUACUGGGGUGCUGCCCAUGGACUGGCAGGGAUUAUGCAUGUUUUGAUGAGCAUGCAACUCAAACCUGAUGAGGUGGAGGAUGUUAAGGGUACUCUCCGUUACAUGAUUAAGAAUCGUUUUCCCAGCGGCAACUUUCCUUCAAGUGAAGGAAGUGAAUCAGACCGUCUUGUGCACUGGUGCCAUGGUGCUCCUGGAGUUGCUCUUACACUUGUGAGAGCAGCUGAGGUUUUUGGAGACAAGGAGUUUCUGCAAGCCGCCAUAGAUGCAGGGGAGGUGGUGUGGAACCGGGGUCUGCUAAAGCGAGUUGGCAUUUGUCAUGGCAUCAGUGGGAACACUUAUGUGUUUCUUUCACUCUACCGAUUAACGGGUAAGGUGGAAUAUUUGUACAGAGCCAAAGCAUUUGCUUGCUUCCUACAUUAUAGAGCGCUAAAUCUCAUAUCAGAGGGGACGAUGCAUGGAGGAGAUCGGCCCUACUCCCUAUUUGAAGGUGUUGGAGGAAUGGCUCAUCUCCUUUUGGACAUGACUGAACCAUCUGAAGCACGGUUUCCUGCUUAUGAACUUUAAACUACUUGCCAUGUAUUAAGUUAGAAGACGUAAAUGCAUCGCAUUUACUUGUUUACGACAUUCUGAUACCUUUUGUGUUGUAAAUAUUUGAAGUAAAUAAGAUAAAUAUAUAAAAGCAAAAAAUAAAAAAAUAAAAAAUUGUAAGAAA